CAGGACGGUGUUUACGUCCCACCAGCUGGAGGAGCUGGAGAAAGCGUUCCACGAGGCUCAUUACCCCGACGUCUACGCCAGAGAGAUGCUCGCCAUGAAGACCGAGCUCCCCGAGGACCGCAUACAGGUGUGGUUCCAGAACCGGCGGGCGAAGUGGCGUAAGCGUGAGAAGUGCUGGGGCCGCAGCAGCGUGAUGGCGGAGUACGGCCUGUACGGCGCCAUGGUGCGCCACUCCAUCCCGCUGCCGGAGUCCAUCCUCAACUCAGCCAAGAACGGCAUGAUGGGGUCCUGCGCACCCUGGCUGCUCGGUGAGCCGCAUACACGUCAGUAACACACACACACACACACACACACACACA